AUGCUGCUCGCCGGUUUGAUCGUUCGAAAUUCUGGCCUGUACAACAUCUACGAGGAUCUCGGCUUAGCUACCAUCUCCAAGAUUAGGACGUUCUGCUUGACGUUCAUUAUGAUACGCGCCGGAUUGCAGCUGUCGAUUACUAAUUUAAGGAAAUACUCGACGUUUCUGAUGAUCCUGGCGUUCAUUCCUAGCACGGUCGAAGUGCUCGUACUGGCUUUGUGCUGUAACACUAUGCUGGGGUAUCCUUGGAAUUGGUCGUUUAUGACCGGGACGAUACUCGCAUGCUUGUCGCCGGUGAUCACUUUCAACUGCAUCAUAGCCCUGGCCGAAAGAGGUUAUGGCGAGGACAAGGAUCUGGCCAGCAUCAUAUGCACCGCUGUCUGCAUCGAUGGUAUUCUGAUCGUGGCCCUGUUCGGUCUGUGCUACUCGUUCGUCUUUGGGAAUGACUGGCACGGUAGCUCCAGUGUUAAACAGUUAUUUUCCGAACCUCUUCGAUUCUUGCUGGCAACUAACGGAAGCUUUCCAGGUGGGGGCAGGAUCGAGUUUUGGUUCUACGUACGGGUUGUUCUCAGGGACUUCGUGCUGAGCAUCGUAGCGGGAGUUGUCCUGGGAGUGUGCUUCAUCUUCUUCCCCCACCGUAGUCACGCACGCAGCGUUGCUACUUAUUUUACGACGUAUUGGACUCCGUUUACGGUAAAGGAACGAUUGUUCGUGGUCGUAUCUUGGUUGCCGAAGGGCACUCUGCAGGCGGCUCUAGGACCUUUGGCGUACGAACACGUGCAAAACAAGCCGGAUGUUGAGAAGGUUCAAUUGGCUUUGGAUGUCGUGAGAAUAUCCGUGAUUACUAUCUUGUUCCUGGCGCCAAUCGGUGCGUUCGUCAUUACUUUCAGCGGGCCGAUCCUACUUAACCAGAUAAACGUCGAAGAACAUCCAAUGAACCCUAAAUUGAACUAUUUGAGGAGGCUCAGUCUUCAACCUCCUCAAGAAAGCCAACGAUCAAAGAUAAUUGUGCCCGAACAAGUCUAA